AAAAAAUCGUUUGUCUGAAAUAAAUAUCCAUUUUACAGAGAGAGAGAGACGGCGCGUGAUGAGAGAAACCGAACCGUCGACCAGAGCCACCUAUUAACUCUUAAAAAACCACCGGCGACUCUUCAUCCUCCUCCGUCGCCAUCGUCGCCGCCGUAUUCGAUUUGAAGGAAACGGUGGCCAAAUCCGUUAGAUUUGGAUUUUAAAGGUUGAAAAGGACGAGAGAGAGGAGAUGCCGUCUAACGGGGAUCUCGACCGUCAGAUCGAGCAGCUGAUGGAGUGUAAGCCGUUGGCUGAGGCGGACGUGAAGAUCCUCUGCGAUCAAGCCAAGGCGAUUCUGGUUGAGGAAUGGAAUGUUCAGCCGGUUAAGUGUCCGGUUACCGUCUGCGGCGAUAUCCAUGGCCAGUUCUAUGACCUAAUUGAGCUUUUCCGCAUUGGUGGUAACCCGCCGGAUACUAAUUACCUCUUCAUGGGAGAUUAUGUAGAUCGUGGAUACUAUUCAGUAGAAACAGUCUCUCUAUUGGUGGCACUAAAGGUGCGUUACAGGGACAGACUCACGAUUCUGCGAGGGAAUCAUGAGAGUCGUCAAAUUACACAAGUAUAUGGUUUUUAUGACGAGUGCUUGAGGAAAUACGGAAACGCAAACGUGUGGAAGUAUUUCACGGACCUUUUUGAUUAUUUACCUCUCACAGCACUCAUAGAGAGUCAGGUUUUCUGUUUGCAUGGAGGUCUUUCUCCUUCACUGGAUACCCUUGACAAUAUCCGAAGCUUGGAUCGGAUACAGGAGGUUCCACACGAAGGACCAAUGUGCGAUUUACUCUGGUCUGAUCCAGACGAUCGAUGUGGAUGGGGAAUAUCUCCCCGUGGUGCUGGCUACACAUUUGGACAGGACAUUGCAGGUCAAUUUAAUCAUAACAAUGGACUGAGUCUGAUAUCAAGAGCGCAUCAGCUUGUCAUGGAAGGCUAUAAUUGGUGUCAGGAAAAGAACGUAGUGACGGUGUUUAGUGCACCAAACUACUGUUACCGAUGUGGAAACAUGGCGGCUAUACUUGAGAUUGGAGAGAAGAUGGAACAGAACUUCCUUCAGUUCGAUCCAGCACCUAGACAGGUCGAACCCGAUACCACUCGCAAGACCCCUGAUUAUUUUUUGUGAUUUCUUACCACUUCAAUUUUUUUUUUCCUUUUUUUUCUUAAAUUCCAAAAGUUUGUUUGUUGCUGUAUCAUUGUAGAUGCGUCUCUUUUGUUAUAUUUUGUUUUGUGUUUCUUAAUGGGAAUUUGGAUUAUUGAUAAGAGUAAAACAGUAUUUUAUCCAAUACCACCAAUUAAUCGAUGUUCUGAAAGUACAGAUUCAAA